AUGGAAAUCCACGUUGUCGCAGUGGAGGCUCGUUCCCCACUGGGAAACUAUGCAAACACGCAGGCCUCAGGGCUUGCAAUCUGGCCAGCAGCUGGGGCUCCGUUGAUUGUCACGACCUGCAACAUCAAGCCAGGCAGCACCGUAACGGUGGCUUUUUCAGGAGUGAGGCACGGCGAUCGACAAGUCGUCGAGGCCCAACUGACGGCCUCGACUCGGCUGCGCCAAGCGUCUGAAGCUUUCCUGAGCUUGGAAUCCAGAGGAUGGCGUUGCAGCGAUCCAGGCCCGAGCUUGGGUGCCGGACUGCAUCUCCACCUGCUGCGACUUGCGGCAGACUGGCAGAAACCUUACCACGAUGGACUGUCAAGCUGCUGGUCAGAUCCGCAAGAGCAAUGGAUCAGCCGAGACGUCCAGUUGGUUUUUGCACCUUUCGGUGCACGAUCCGCCCAAGCUGGCAAUCCACUGCCUCUGUGGACGCUGGUUGCGCGAGGUAUAGUUUGCAACACCUCGACGUCUCCAGGCCUUCUCUUGAUGGAUGCUACUGCAGAGAAUUCUACAGGAGGCGCUGUUGUGUUGAAGAUGGGAAGGAAGGCAGAAGUGGUGGCAAUCAUGGCGCCCGCGCUUCGCAGCAGAUCAGGCGAUGCUGUGGCUCUCAGCUUGGCCAUUCCUCUCAGCGUGGUCCGGGAGACGCUGCUUGAUGAUCCCGCGUGUCAAGCGCAGCUGUUCGAGGGGGAGGCCGCUUCGUUGGCACCCUACGAUCUGGGUCUGCUGCGCUCUUGGCCAUCGGAGCAG